AUGUACAGUACUUCCCCCUUAAUUUCAAUAGUAAAUCAUUAACUGGUAUCUGCAUGUUACUACAGUCUCUGUGACAGUUGGAGAGCAGCACAGCAUUAGAACAACAGACAUCCUAAUAAUGUGCAGUCUGCUGACACUGSAUGCCUGGAAACAGCAGAGAUGAAGGAGCUAUGGAUUAUGGCUGUCUUUGCUACAGUUUCUUUGCCACAGGUGGAUCUCACCACAUCCUCUGCCAUUACAACCACCAUUGACAUAACUAGCCCAACUCCUGCUGCCCCUUUAACCCCUGACCCUCCAACUACUACUUCCUCUAUAGACCCUGACCCCACAACUACUACUACCCAUUUAACCCCUGACCCUCCAACUACUGAUGCCCCUAUAACUACUGACACUCCAACUACUGACACUGCAAUUACUGAUGGCCUUAUAACUACUGACACUCCAACUACUGACACUCCAACUACUGACACUCCAACUACUGAUGCCCCUAUAACUACUGACUCUCCAACUACUGACACGUCAACUACUGACACUCCAACUACUGACUCUCCAACUACUGACUCUCCAACUACUGACACUCCAACUACUGACACUCCAACUACUGACACUCCAACUACUGACACUUCAACUACUGACACGUCAACUACUGACACGUCAACUGCUGACACGUCAACUGCUGACACGUCAACUGCUGACACGUCAACUGCUGACACGUCAACUGCUGACGAAGCAACUGUCACUACAACUACUGACACUCCAACUACUGAAGUCAAUCCCAUGGAAUCAGUUUUCUGUCAAUAUAGUCACGCAUCCUCUGUGCAGUUUCAUGCUAGAGAAUCGUGA